AUUAAAUUCAUCCACUGAUAAGCCCUUAUCUUUUCUUUGUCCAAGUCAAACAUGACCCGAAGGUAAUAUUUCUCCAUUUUCUAAAACUUAUAACUCCGCCCACAUGGUGGCGAUUGGUUGAAUGUUUUCAAGAAUUGCCUGAUCUUUACAAAAUGUAGGCGGGACAAUGUUUUCUACGUCAUUUUCUGAUCGAAAUCUUAUUGAUAUUCUGUCCGUUCAUUUCGAUUUUUUCAAUGGAGAGCUGCGUUUUAAUUCCCGACUGUCUUUCGUUAGUUUUGGAACCUUUUAAACAACAUGAAGAUAACAAUCAUCCUGGAACAUUCAACAAAUUUGACGUUGGAGUGUCAGUUCGAGCUAGAAAAAAGUUGAAAAAAGGAUGCAUUCUCUCUCCCAAUCAAGGACGAAUUGAAUUGUUUCAAUAUCAAAUAAGUGAAAUUUUAGAAAAGGACGAUAUUCGAUUUGAUCGAGGAUGCAUUGAGAAUAUUAUGUCGGUCGAAAAGCACUUGGUUAGACAUUGUAAUUGGGUGAGAUUUGUGAGAAAUUCAAAACGUGAAAAUUUAGAAGAUAUUCGAGAUAUAGAUGGCAGUAUUGUUGGUUUUAAAGUUUUAUGUGAUAUAGAUGCCGGACAAGAACUUUUAUUUCAAAUGGAAGCUAAGAGAGAAUUGUCAGACAGUGGCAUUGCAUCAACAUCAACUUUAUCGGAGAAAUUCCAAUCGCCUUAUGAUACAAGAUUUUUUUCUCAUUUACUAACACCAACUAGUGAUAUUUUUUCUCCACCUAAACAUCUAUUUUCAUCAAUGAAUCCACCUCUUCCUCCUCCCCCUCCUCCACUACCUCCUCCGCCCCAUCCAACAACCUCUCUAUUCUAUAAUAACUCGCUUCCGGGAAAUCCUAUUAGAAAUAAAAAGGAAAAAACUUGGCUACCUUGUACAGUUUGUGGGAAAAAAUUUGAUAGACCAUCGCUGUUGAGGCGUCACACGAGGACACAUACGGGUGAGAAACCUCAUUCGUGUGAUGUGUGUGGUAAAUCAUUUUCGACGUCAUCUAGUUUAAAUACACACAGGAGAAUACACUCUGGAGAAAAACCACAUGAAUGUCAAAUUUGUGGUAAAAGAUUUACAGCAAGUUCAAAUCUAUACUACCAUAGAAUGACACACGACAAAGAAAAACCUCAUAAAUGCAAAUUAUGCUCAAAAUCUUUCCCAACACCAGGAGAUUUGCGGUCCCAUACCUAUGUCCAUAAUGGUUCUUGGCCAUUCAGAUGCCAAGUAUGCCAGAGGGGUUUCAGCAAGGCAACCAAUUUAAAAAAUCAUUUACUUUUGCACAGCGGAGAUAAACCUCAUCAAUGUAACGUUUGUGGUAAGAGGUUUGCCUUACAGUGCAACCUUAAAACACAUUUGAAAACGCACGAAAUGUCAAAAAACAAUACAUUUGACUUGAAUAAUUUGACUAUACCUAAAACUACUUGGACAAAGUAUUAAGGCUUUUAUAUAUAACAGUUACAAACUUAAUUUCUUUCAGAAAUUUUUUAUCCUGAUACUAAAAAAU